CAUGUUACCUGAUAAGGUCGGUUAUCUUGUUAUCACUGACCGUGUACCAACACAAAGAGCUGGUGACAGCAGGCUCUGACGGGUACCCACGGGACGGGAUGAGGAAUGCUCAAUGCUAGAAUGGAAGUCUUCUUAUUCUUAUUGUUCUACAUAGGAAAUGUUGUCGGGGAUCUGUGUUUCAAUGAGGCUACAGGCAACACCUUCUUCUGCCAGGCUCGGUGCUGUGAUGACCACUGUUGUGUGACGUAUGACGACUAUACUCAUUGGGACAGUGACCAGAUUGCGGGGGCGGUCAUUGGAACCCUUCUGGGUGGCACUAUUCUAGUCUUAGUAAUUAUCUAUGUUGUAAGGAAUUAUUGCCACAAAUCGCGGCCAGUUUACUCAUCAAGAUCUGGAAGAACAAUUGCUAUCAUCAGUGACGAUAGGAUGACAAACAUAUCGGUGAGUUCGUCUGCCACAGAGAUGUCAAGAUAUCCCCCAUCUUACGAGGAAUCAAUGGCGUCUGCAUCAGGAAAGGUCAAAUACUCACAGUUCGAAAACGAGGCAUAAUAAAAAAAAUGACAAUAUGAUAUAUAUUUUAUGAAAAUAAUGAAUUAUAAAAUUGUAUACUAUUCACAUCUGUGUAAGUUGAUUAAUUAUGUUUUGUUGUAAGUGAUGGCAUGAUGAACCGUAUAUAUGUUAUGACUUGCAAUUAACUGAUACAAAUUGUGAAAUGAAAAUACACAGCCUUAACCUUUAAUUUUUUU